AUGGGCACCUCAAUACUGCUCUCCACCGUCGUCGUCCUCCUCCUCUUCCGCCCCACAGGCGGCGACCCCAACGAGGCGAAAAUCCUCCGGCAAUUCCGAGACGGCCUGGAGAAGCCGGAGCUGCUGCCGUGGCCAGACAGCGGCGACGAGCCAUGCGGGUGGAAGUACAUUUUCUGCGACAGCAACGAGAAACGAGUGAAGCAGAUUCAAGCGAAAGGACUGAACCUGACGGGUCCCCUGCCGCAGAAUCUGAACGAGCUGAGGAAUCUGGUGAACGUGGGCCUGCAGAACAACAGGCUCAACGGCCCAUUACCCUCCUUCCGCGGCCUGUCAAGCCUCAAAUAUGCUUUUCUGGAUAACAACAACUUCGACUCCAUCCCCUCCGAUUUCUUCGACGGCCUUGACAGUCUCGAAGUAUUGGCUUUGGACCAUAAUAACCUCAACGCCACCACUCGCGGCUGGACCUUACCUUCCACUCUCCAGCGCUCUACGCAGUUGACCAACCUCUCUUGCAUGAGCUGCAACCUCGCCGGCCCAUUACCCCCUUUUCUGGGCUCCAUGAACUCCCUCUCGUUUCUCAAGCUCUCCAACAACAACCUCACCGGCGAGAUUCCACCGACUCUUAACGGUUCCGCUUUGCAGGUUCUGUGGCUGAAUAACCAGCAGGGUCAGGGUCUUAGUGGCAGAAUCGACGUUGUGGCUACUAUGGUUUCCCUUACCAGCCUCUGGCUUCAUGGGAACGCCUUCACAGGCCCCAUUCCGGAGAAAAUUGGGGACUUGAGUUCCUUGAAGGAUCUUGAUCUCAACGGGAACAACCUCGUUGGGUUGCUUCCUAGUGGUUUGGCUGAUAUCAAACUCGACAACCUCGAUUUGAAUAAUAAUCACUUAAUGGGUCCGAUUCCGGAUUUUAAGGCGGCUAAAGUGUCUUAUGAGUUUAAUAAUUUUUGUGUGAGUAAACCGGGGGUUCCUUGCGCUUUUGAGGUGAUGGCUUUGUUGGGGUUUCUUGGUGAGUUGAAUUAUCCUCAGAAUUUGGUUGAUUCGUGGACGGGGAAUGACCCUUGUGAGGGGCAUUGGUUGGGGAUAAAGUGUGGUGCUGAUGGGAAGGUCAAUAUGAUAAAUUUGCCUAAUUUUAAUCUUAGUGGUAGUUUGAGUCCUUCUGUGGCCAAUUUGGGUUCUCUCGUUCAGAUUAGGUUGGAGGGGAAUGAUAUCAGUGGUGUGGUGCCUGGUAAUUGGACUAGUUUGAUGUCUAUGAAAUUGUUGGAUCUGAGUGGGAAUAACAUUUCUCCUCCACUGCCAGUGUUUAAGAAUGGGUUGAAACCUGUUGUUGUGGGGAAUCCUCUGUUCAAUGGUAACCAAAGUCCUUCCUCAGGGAGCAGUAACUCCUCAAAUGGAUCUGGGAAUGUUGACCCUGCACCGGCUAACUCGAAUUCGGGUUCAGGUGAAUCUCAUGAAACGAAGAGGUCCAAAAGGAAAGGGUUGGUUUCAAUUGUGGCUCCCAUUGUGGGUGUGGCUGCUGCGGCUUUUCUACUCAUUCCACUCUAUGCCUAUUGUUUCAGGAGGAGAAAGGGGGACUUGCAGGCUCCAACUUCACUGGUGAUUCACCCUAGGGAUCCAUCUGAUUCGGACAGUGCUGUCAAGAUUGCUGUUGCUAAUAAUACCAAUGGAAGCAUUUCCACUUUGACAGGGAGUGGCUCUGGGAGUAGGAACAGCAGUGGAAUUGGGGAGUCUCAUGUCAUCGAAGCUGGAAAUCUUAGGAUAUCAGUUCAGGUUCUGAGGAAUGUGACCAAGAAUUUUGCGCCCGAGAAUGAGCUUGGCCGUGGGGGAUUUGGUGUUGUCUACAAGGGAGAGUUGGAUGAUGGGACUAAAAUUGCGGUGAAAAGAAUGGAAGCCGGUGUGAUUAGUAGCAAGGCCUUGGAUGAAUUCCAGGCUGAGAUUGCGGUUCUAUCAAAAGUCCGGCACCGGCAUCUGGUGUCUCUUUUGGGUUAUUCUAUAGAAGGUAAUGAAAGGAUUCUAGUUUAUGAGUAUAUGCCACAAGGGGCUCUUAGUAAGCAUCUUUUCCAUUGGAAGAGCCAUGAACUGGAGCCUCUCUCUUGGAAGAGGAGGCUCAAUAUUGCCUUGGAUGUUGCUAGAGGGAUGGAGUAUCUUCAUACUCUGGCUCACCAGAGUUUCAUUCACAGAGAUCUUAAGCCAUCCAAUAUCUUGCUUGCUGAUGAUUUCAGAGCGAAAGUCUCAGAUUUUGGAUUGGUAAAACUUGCUCCUGAAGGCGAAAAAAAAUCUGUAGUGACCAAGCUUGCUGGGACUUUUGGAUAUUUGGCACCAGAAUAUGCAGUGACAGGAAAAAUCACCACCAAAGCAGAUGUUUUCAGUUUUGGGGUUGUGCUAAUGGAGCUUUUGACUGGAUUAAUGGCACUUGAUGAGGAUAGGCCAGAGGAAAGCCAAUACUUAGCAGCAUGGUUCUGGCAUAUAAAAUCAGAUAAAAAGAAACUUAUGGCUGCUAUUGACCAGGCCCUUGAUGUAAAGGAAGAAACAUUUGAGAGCAUCUCCAUCAUUGCCGAGCUAGCAGGGCACUGCACUGCCAGAGAACCAAGCCAACGGCCAGAUAUGGGUCAUGCUGUGAAUGUGUUGGCACCGCUUGUCGAAAAAUGGAAACCCUUUGAUGAUGACACUGAGGAGUACUCUGGCAUAGAUUAUAGCCUUCCCCUUAACCAGAUGGUGAAGGGGUGGCAAGAGGCAGAAGGAAAGGACUUGAGCUAUAUGGACCUAGAAGACAGUAAGAGUAGUAUCCCUGCAAGGCCUACUGGAUUUGCAGAUUCUUUUACUUCAGCUGAUGGUCGGUGAAAUAAAUUGUCUGUUGUAUCUUUUUUCCUUUUUGAUUUUUCACUAGAUGUAGAUAGCUUGCUCUUUUCUUUCUGUCUGUCCUAAAAUGUCUUGGCAAAGUGUCUAGUACCAGUGGUAUAAUAGUGUUUGAGCAAGAGAUUUCAUAUGCUCUUGAAAUCUCAUUUGUAUGCUUUGUAUUUUCCACUUUGACAUUUAAGUGUUAAUGGUUGUAGAUAGUAAGCCACGAUCAAUCAUCAAUGAGAAUGCUUGUUUCUUGAUCAUUCA